AUGGUUUUGUUGAGUUCUGCACCUCAGACUCUUGAAGAUAACGAUUUACCACUUCCUCGUGUAUCCCCUAGUGAUCAUUGUAAUGAAAGAUGUCAUGUUAGUAGUACACCAAGCUCAAAUGCAACAAGUAUUGAUGAAGAUGUUUUUUGUGUUGGUCAAUAUUUUGUGGAUAAGAAAGAGUUGAAGAUGAAUGUACACAUGCUUGCUUUACGACGAAACUUUGAAUUCAAAGUGAAAAAGUCAAAUAAGAAAUUAGUGGUUUUGGUUUGUGUUGACCCCAAUUAUAAGUGGAGAAUUCGUGCGACAAAGGCAUAUGCAACAGGUGUGAAAAAAUGUCCAAAUCCAGCACAAAUAGUUAAUGAGAUGAACAAGAAUCUUGGUGUAAAGUGUAGUUAUUGGAAGGCAUGGACGGCAAGAAAGUGUGCACAUGAACUUUUAAGGGGUUCAGCGGUAAACAGUUAUCCAAAACUCCCCUCUUACUUAUACAUGGUCCAAAAUUCUAAUCCUGGUGUGUACACUAGAUUAAUUGUUGAUGAAGAACAGAAAUUCAUAUAUUUAUUUUUGUCUUUGGGAGUUUCCAUUAGAGGUUUUCGUUACAUGAGAAAAGUUAUAUAUAUUGAUGGAACUCAUUUGAAAAACCAAUUUGGAGGAAAUUUACUCAUUGCAACUGCACAAUAUGGAAAUUUUCAAAUUUAUCAUCUUGCUUUUGGUAUUGUUGAUUCUGAGAAUGAUGCAUCUUGGAAUUGGUUUUUGACAUGCUUACGAGAUCAAGUGCCCGAUACUACUGGUUUAAUGUUUAUAUCUGAUAGACACAAAAGCAUUAUAAAGGGAGUUUGA